UUGAUUUCUGGGAGGGUAAUUAGUUCGGGUCAAAACCCCAUUAUCAAGCUUUCACACUUACUGUAUGUUUGUCGGUAAAAGUUCCUCUGCUUCUCUUAUAAAACGCCUAGUGUUCUUACCUUCUGUCGUUUUCUCUGAUUCACAGAGGAGAAGAAGUGAGGGAGAGUGUCAACUGUAAAAAUCCAACUCACUUGGAGAGAUGCGCAAUAAGAAGAAGAGGAGAAAGUAAACAAGUUAAAAAAAAGGAAGAGGGAUUAAAAAAAAAUUGCAAAUGAAGUACUGCUUAAAAGACAAAUAGAGAGAGAGAGAGAGAGGAGAGAGAAAAUAAAGAGGGGUCUGUUUGUAAAGCAAGAAUUUUGCAAUGUCAGAAAAUUCUAAGGAGAUAAAGACGGUAGAGCAGUGGAGAUGGUCCGAAAUGCAGGGUGUUGAGCUCACAUCAGCUGAGGCAGGAGGAUUUAAAGGGGAAGUGGAACCAACGCAAAUAGAACUGAAAGUAGCCCAGAGAUUGGAGGCUAGAGUAGUCCAAGGUUGUGAGGAUAGAGGAGAGAAGGGGAAAAUGGAGGCUUCUGAGGGGAACAAAGAUACCGGGGAGAAGCCCGGUUCAUCUCCUCCUUCAGUAGGGUUCGGUGAGCUCUUUAGAUUUGCAGAUGGGUUGGAUUGUGUCUUAAUGGCGAUUGGUUCCGCUGGUGCUAUCGUUCAUGGCUGCUCGUUGCCGCUGUUCCUUCGAUUCUUCGCCGAUCUUGUGAAUUCAUUCGGGUCCAAUGCUAACAAUCAGGAUAAGAUGGUGCAGGAAGUUGUCAAGUACGCAUUCUACUUUCUUGUGGUAGGAGCAGCAAUUUGGGCGUCUUCGUGGGCAGAGAUAUCAUGUUGGAUGUGGACGGGAGAGAGACAAUCGACCAAGUUGAGGAUCAAGUACCUUGAAGCUACUUUGAAUCAGGAUGUGCAGUUCUUUGAUACAGAGGUUCGAACUUCUGAUAUCAUUUUCGCCAUUAAUACGGACGCCGUGCUGGUCCAAGAUGCCAUUAGCGAGAAGUUGGGUAAUUUCUUGCAUUACCUUGCAACCUUCGUUUCUGGGUUUGUGGUGGGUUUCACUGCAGUAUGGCAACUAGCCCUCGUCACGCUUGCAGUCGUCCCUCUUAUUGCCUUAAUUGGAGCCAUCCACACCACCACAUUGGCCAAGCUCUCCUCCAAGAGUCAGGAAGCUCUUUCCCAAGGCGGAAACAUUGCAGAACAGACUAUUGUUCAAAUCCGGACGGUUAUGUCUUAUGUUGGUGAAUCAAGAGCAUUAGAAGCUUACUCAUCGGCAUUAAGGGUUGCUCAGAAGCUUGGUUACAAGACCGGAUUUGCAAAAGGAAUAGGACUUGGAGCUACAUACUUCACCGUUUUCUGUUGCUAUGCCCUUCUUUUGUGGUAUGGAGGUUAUCUCGUUAGACACCACUUUACCAAUGGAGGACUAGCCAUUGCCACGAUGUUCGCUGUUAUGAUAGGUGGACUGGCUCUCGGACAGUCCGCCCCGAGCAUGGCAGCGUUCACAAAGGCAAGAGUUGCGGCUGCAAAGAUCUUCCGCAUCAUUGAUCACAAACCAAGUAUUGACAGGAAUAGUGAGUCGGGUUUGGAGUUGGAAUCAGUUACAGGCCAGGUGGAGCUGAAGAAUGUCGAUUUCUCGUACCCCUCCAGGCCAGACAUUCAGAUCCUCUCGAACUUCUCCCUAAUCGUUCCAGCCGGGAAGACCAUAGCCUUGGUUGGAAGCAGUGGCUCUGGUAAGAGCACAGUCGUCUCCCUCAUUGAAAGAUUCUACGAUCCUACUUCAGGGCAAGUUCUGCUAGAUGGGCACGACAUAAAGGCACUCAAAUUAAGAUGGUUGAGGCAACAGAUUGGGCUUGUGAGCCAGGAGCCUGCUUUAUUUGCGACCACAAUUAAAGAAAACAUGCUCUUGGGUAGGCCAGAAGCAACCCAAGUUGAGAUCGAAGAGGCAGCCAGGGUUGCUAAUGCCCACUCGUUUAUAGUCAAGCUUCCUGAUGGCUAUGACACUCUGGUUGGGGAGAGAGGCUUGCAACUCUCAGGAGGACAGAAGCAGAGAAUUGCCAUAGCAAGGGCAAUGCUGAAGAACCCAGCAAUCCUGCUGCUGGACGAGGCAACAAGUGCCCUGGAUUCAGAGUCAGAGAAGCUGGUGCAGGAGGCCCUUGACCGGUUCAUGAUAGGGAGGACAACUCUUGUCAUUGCCCACCGGCUCUCUACCAUCCGCAAGGCUGACCUUGUUGCUGUCCUCCAGCAAGGUGGUGUCUCUGAAAUUGGGACCCAUGAUGAGCUCAUUGCCAAAGGUGAAAAUAGCGUCUACGCCAAGCUUAUCCGCAUGCAGGAAAUGGCUCAUGAGACCGCUCUUAACAAUGCCAGGAAGAGCAGUGCAAGACCUUCUAGCGCCAGGAACUCUGUAAGCUCGCCAAUUAUUGCCCGGAAUUCUUCCUAUGGCCGAUCACCUUACUCACGACGACUCUCCGACUUCUCCACCUCUGAUUUUAGUUUCUCAGUUGAUGCCUCACAUCCCAAUUACCGGAUGGAGAAGCUUGCCUUCAAGGAGCAAGCUAAUUCCUUCUUGCGCCUUGCCAAGAUGAAUUCCCCUGAAUGGACCUACGCCUUGUUUGGCUCUGUUGGGUCGGUUGUGUGUGGCUCUCUGAGCGCAUUCUUUGCUUAUGUCCUCAGUGCUGUCCUAAGCAUCUACUAUAACCCAGACCAUGCUUAUAUGAGUCGAGAGAUUGGGAAAUAUUGCUAUCUUUUGAUUGGGGUUUCAUCAGCAGCCCUUCUCUUCAACACCCUGCAACAUUUCUUUUGGGAUGUUGUGGGGGAGAAUCUCACGAAGCGGGUGAGGGAGAAGAUGCUGGAAGCUGUAAUGAAGAACGAAAUUGCAUGGUUUGACCAAGAGGAGAACGAGAGUGCGAGGAUUGCAGCCAGGCUAUCUCUUGAUGCCAACAACGUCCGAUCAGCAAUCGGAGAUCGGAUUUCGGUGAUCAUGCAGAACUCAGCCCUCAUGCUUGUUGCUUGCACUGCAGGGUUCGUUUUGCAGUGGCGCCUUUCUCUGGUUCUUCUUGCUGUAUUCCCUGUUGUUGUUGCUGCCACCGUUCUGCAGAAAAUGUUCAUGAAUGGCUUCUCCGGUGACUUAGAAGCUGCCCACGCCAAGGCAACACAGCUAGCAGGCGAGGCUGUGUCAAAUGUCAGAACUGUGGCUGCAUUCAAUUCAGAGGCGAAAAUCGUCAGCCUCUUCUCCUCCAACCUUGAGUCACCCCUGCGUCGCUGCUUUUGGAAGGGACAGAUUGCUGGAAGUGGCUUUGGAGUAGCACAAUUCUUACUCUAUGCCUCCUACGCCCUUGGGCUGUGGUAUGCAGCUUGGCUCGUAAAGCAUGACAUCUCUGAUUUCUCAAAAACCAUCAGAGUCUUCAUGGUACUCAUGGUGUCCGCCAAUGGCGCUGCCGAGACACUGACCCUUGCUCCUGACUUCAUCAAGGGAGGUCGAGCCAUGCGCUCAGUCUUUGACCUCCUCGACCGCAGGACUGAAAUUGAGCCCGACGAUCCCGACUCGACUCCCGUCCCUGACCGCCUAAAAGGGGACGUAGAACUCAAGCACAUCGACUUCAGCUACCCAUCUCGCCCCGACGUGCAAAUCUUCCGAGACCUCACUCUACGUGCCCGAGCGGGCAAAGCGCUCGCCCUCGUUGGCCCGAGUGGGUGCGGCAAGAGCUCUGUCAUUGCACUGGUGCAGCGAUUCUACGAGCCGUCAUCAGGCAGGGUGCUGAUUGAUGGGAAGGACAUAAGGAAAUACAACCUCAAGUCAGUGAGAAGGCAUAUGGCAAUGGUGCCACAAGAGCCUUGCCUGUUCGCGGCCACCAUACAUGACAACAUUGCAUACGGACGGGAGUCCGCCACAGAGGCCGAAGUGAUCGAGGCUGCAACAUUGGCAAAUGCCCAUAAGUUCAUCUCAUCGCUGCCGGACGGCUAUCGAACCUGGGUGGGCGAGAGGGGUGUCCAGUUGUCGGGCGGGCAAAGGCAAAGGAUAGCCAUAGCCCGGGCUUUUAUAAGGAAAGCAGAGAUCAUGCUGCUUGACGAGGCCACCAGCGCGCUGGACGCCGAGUCGGAGAAAUGCGUCCAGGAGGCCCUGGAGCGUGCAUGUGCCGGAAGGACAACCAUCGUGGUGGCGCACCGGCUGUCAACAAUAAGGAACGCCCAUGUCAUCGCCGUGAUCGACGAUGGGAAGGUGGCAGAACAAGGGUCACACUCGCAUUUGCUCAAUCAUUUCCCGGAUGGUUGUUACGCCCGAAUGAUCCAGUUGCAGAGGUUUUCACACGCCGGGCAGGCCAUAGGAAUGGCACCAGCACCAGGCUCAACUUCUUCGGCACGUGCCAAGGACGACGAUGAGAGAGAGAGAAGCCAAGUGAAAUAAUUAGUUUCACUUUUCACAUCGCUGAAACUUGAAAGAAAGGGGAGGAGACUGGAAUACUGUCAAAAUUUUUCCUUCCUGGGCUCAUGGCAUGGGUUUUACAAUAUUAACAUAUGUUGGUGAUAUGUAAUGUAAUAUAGUCUUUUGUUUUUGGUUUUGUACCCUACUAGAGACUAGAGAGUAGAGAUAGAUAGAUAGAGCUAGAAAGUAGAAGGCUAGAAGCGUUGUUUUGUUUUGUUCUGGUAUUAUAUAUAAAGAAAUUGGCGAAAGGGAAAAAUAACAAAUACAUCGAUUGGGAAUUGGAAGUUGGAAGUCAAGAAGACAAGGAGAGCAGGCACCCCUCGUGUAUGUAGUUUGUCCUGCCGCCAUGUAAUGGGUAUUCAAAGGAAGGAUCGCCGAAGAUCGGUGCCGGGUCCACUCCAUCACCAUCUGCUACUUCCAAAAUUAUCACAAGGAUGGGCAUGGGACCCAUUUCCCUUUCGUAUUCAAUGAUGCCAUUGGAUUUGUGAUGGAGAUACCUUGGCUGAAAGUGAUCCACCACAUGUGAUGUGAUUCCAACUCUGUGGACUGUGGGCCUGGGCCUGUGGCCAUGGCAUCAACCAUGUCAAUUGUCUGUCCCAUCAUUUUCUGAUCCUAAUGUUGGGACUUGGGAGUGGCCCAGUAGGGACUGAGCAUCACUGCCUAUGCCUAGUAGUAGUGUCUGUCUGGUGCGGCUUCUGUAUAUUUUGGGCAUUUGGAAGGAAUUUUGGAUCUCUCUCUCUCUCUCAGUGUAAUUAUUGUAAGCAAUUAUUAUUUGGUGAAUUAUGAAGAGAAAAGGGUAACCCACA